UGCGUGUCGCGCGUGCCGAGCAGGCCGCGGUGCCGGUGCCGGGGCCGCGGCGAUGCUGGAGGAGGCGGGCGAGGUGCUGGAGUCGGUGCUCAAGGCCUCGUGCCUCCCGCUCAGCGUCCUACUCUUCGUGCCCGCCGUACUCCUGCUCCUGGGCCCGCCGCCCGCCGCCGAGGCCGCGCACGAGUUCACGGUCUACCGCAUGCAGCAAUACGAGCUGGGCGGGCAGCCCUACGGCACCAGGAGCGCAGUGCUGAACACAGAAGCGCGCACGGUAGAGGCGGAUGUCCUGAGCCGCCGCUGCGUCAUGAUGCGGCUGGUGGAUUUCUCCUAUGAGCAGUAUCAGAAGGCUCUCCGCCAGUCAGCUGGAGCUGUGGUCAUCAUCUUGCCGCAAUCUAUCUCUUCAGUCCCCCAGGAUGUUGUAAGGCAAUUCAUGGAGAUAGAGCCAGAAAUGCUUGCUAUGGAAACCAUUGUGCCAGUCUACUUUGCAGUGGAAGAUGAAGAGCUGCUGUCUAUCUAUGAACAAACACGCGCUGCUUCGGCAUCACAGGGUUCUUCCUCAGCUGCAGAAGUUCUGCUGCACACAGCAACUGCCAAUGGCUUCCAGAUGGUGACCAGUGGGGCCCAAAGCAAAGCUAUCAAUGACUGGCUUAUACCCAGUGUGGAGGGAAGGCUAACAGGGCUGGGUGGAGAAGACCUGCCCACAGUUGUGAUAGUUGCCCACUAUGAUUCUUUUGGAGUGGCUCCAUGGCUGUCACAUGGUGCUGACUCUAAUGGCAGUGGUACCUCAGUGCUUCUGGAACUGGCCAGGCUGUUUUCCCGGCUCUACACCUACAGACGUACCCAUGCUGGGUAUAACUUGCUGUUCUUUGCAUCUGGAGGUGGCAAGUUUAAUUAUCAAGGAACUAAGCGGUGGCUGGAAGACAAUUUGGACCACACUGAUUCCAGCCUGCUGCAGGACAACGUAGCAUUUGUUCUCUGCCUUGAUACUCUGGGCAGAGGCAAUAGUCUUCAUCUUCAUGUCUCAAAGCCUCCCAAGGAGGGGACCUUGCAGCAUGCAUUUCUGAGAGAACUGGAGAUGGUUGUUGCCAGCCAGUUCCCAGAGGUGAAGUUUUCCAUGGUGCACAAGAAGAUUAACUUGGCUGAGGACAUGCUGGCAUGGGAGCACGAGCGGUUUGCGAUCCGACGCUUGCCAGCAUUCACCAUCUCCCACCUGGAGAGCCACCGUGACAGCCUCCGCAACAGCAUCAUGGACAGGAGGGCACGGAUAGACACUAAAGCACUGAUCAGGAAUACUAGGAUCAUUGCUGAAGCUUUGACAAGGGUAAUCUACAAUUUAACAGACAAGGGAGCACCUGCAGAUAUGCAAAUCUUCACAGAUCAGAUGCAGAUCCAGCAGGAGCAACUGGAGUCAGUGAUGGACUGGCUGAGCAGUCAACCCAGGGCUGCCCAGCUGAUAGAUAAAGACAGCACCUUCCUCAACACCUUAGAAUAUUAUAUGGGACGCUACCUGAAGGAUGUCAAGCAGCAUCAUGUAAAGGCAGACAAACGGGAUCCUGAGUUUGUUUUCUAUGACCAGCUGAAACAGGUGAUGAAUGCAUACAGGGUCAAGCCAGCGAUCUUUGACCUGCUUCUAGCUGUCUGUAUUGCAGCCUACCUGGGCGUUGCCUAUGUUGCAGUGCAGCACUUUGGUCUCCUUUACAAGAUGAUACAGAGAUUAUCCCUUAAAACCAAGCAGCAGUGAAGCAACAAGUCAUCAACCACCCAGCAGCACUGAGCCAUCGGUGAGCCCAUCGGAAACCUUCUGCCUUCCAUUGAACCUGGCUAUUUCUCUUCCUCUUUGCUACUGUACAGAGGGAAGGAAGGCAUAAAGAAAAUGAAAUUUUAACUCUUGUGCACCUUUUAAGUGCUUUUCUUCACCUUCUUCCCCUGACAGCACUGUGUUUAUUUUCCUUUGCAUUUUGGUGAGAGAGAGAGGCUCAGACUCCACCAAUUCUUGCAGUCUUAUUCUGGGCAGCUUCUAUGAGUGUAAAACAAAGUCCAACACCUUCGUGGCCAUGUGUCAUACAGCCAACUUAGAAACCGAAACUACAGAGUGACGUGUUAUCUCUGCCCAGCAGACAAGGACUUGGAGCAGUUGUUUAAAAGAAAAAAAGUGCACAUGCAAAUUAAAGGGAAUGCAAUUAGCAUGUUUCCUUAUGGUACUUCUUCCUUAAAUUCACUGCCUGGCUUUAGUGAGGUGUGCUGAGCAAGCAGGCAAGCACCUUUUUGCAUUUUGUUUAUACUGCAGUAACUCCUACCCUUUUAGGAGGUGCAACUGUGAGUGAUCGUGACUGUUACUGCCAGGACAAGAAAAGAUUGCUAAGAUGGGUUUCUGGUAUUAGGGUUCUUGCCAGGACAGGUUCUCUCCUGUCUCUGUUGGAGGAUGCAUUUUGCUGUGUAUUUGGUUACUCUGGAAGUUUAUAGUCAUUGGACAGUUCAUGGCUGCCACCACUCUGUGUUAAACUCUUGCUUGAUCUUUGAGGGGUGUUCUAUUAUGUCAGCUGCUGCAGGAUUGUGUUCUGCGCUGUUCCAUGUACUUAAACAAGUGGUUGCAUCAAUGACAAGAGCAAGAGCAGCCCAGACCUGGAAAACAUAUCAAGAUACUGACUACAAUUGCUAGACUAGUUGUAGUUCUAGAAGAUAACCUGAUGGAGUAUUGUUCCUGUCACCCCGUGAGGUCUGAGUCCUUUCUGUAAUCUGUCCUAUGCAUAUGACAUCUCUUCACAAGCCACAGUGGAUACCUUUUUUUUUUAUUAUUAUUAUUCUUUAAACUACUACUUGUAAUUAAAAUAGCAUAUUUUACAGGGACUGAAAAGCUAUUGUGUGUUUGAA